AUGAAUAAUGGUCGACAAGAACACUUGAGCAAAUCUCGAACAACUUAUCGAAAUCUUCAUCAACCACUGAGUCCAACCAUGCUGUCAACAAAAGCAAAGAACACAACUACGACAACAAAAUCGACACCAACAUCACCUUCAAAUGAUACGGGAAUGUUUCGUGCAAUACGCGGUCAAGUUAUCAUACAUCAUGAUGAUGAUCGUUCGUCAAAAGUUCAACGCGAAGAAGAUGUAGACGAAGAUGAAGAAGAGGAAGAACUUGAAAAUCUUCCCGUUAAUCGUUCGAAUGGUGGCAACUAUGAACUACACUAUGACGUGGACAAUCCGUUGGAAAUCUCCUGUUCAAUGUCGCUUUCAUCAGCAGAAACCAUUUCUGAUCAUUCGCCAUCGCCAACUCGACAUACUUCAUCGAUAAAUGUCGAUGAGAAUAAUUCGAGUUCAAAGCCUGAUCAUACACCUAUUGAACUCUCAGAUGAAGAUGAGGAUGAUGACGAUGAUGAUGAUGAUGAUGGUGGCGAUACACCAUCACCAAUCUUGAGCGAUAAUAAUCACCUUGAGAAAAACGUGAUUGACCAGGAUGCUAUCAAGGUACAAGAUGAAAAACUACGGACGUUUCGUGGUUGGCACUUAUCGAUGCUUAAGCAAAUCGAUGAAAAACUACGAGAAAUCGAACUCGAAACAGUUAAUCUACCUACGACCGUCACAACUAAUACGACAACAGCAACGACUCCGACACCAAUCAUCGAAACGAAUAAAACAAUCAUUAAACCGAUGACAAACAAGAAAAAAGUACUGCGUCCCACCAUUCGUCGACGUUUCGAAACCACGAAUGUGAAACGCCAUCAUUCGCCUAUUCCUCAGAUUAAAAUCAGUACCUAUCGCUCACGCACACCAUCAGGAGAGAAAGAAUCUCGUACAUUAGUAAUUAAUUUACCACCUUCAUCCUCCUCAUCAUCAUCGUCAUCAGAUAACGAACAAGAUUUUCCACCGCCACCAGCGCCUUCGGAGCCCAUACAUAUUCGUAUUGUGCAAAGUCCGAGUCAUCCUCUAUGCCAACGUUCACAAAGCACUGAACGUUUAAUUUUACGUGAUCAAGGUGCACAAACCGAACCAUUCAAUAGUUCGAAUGGCUUCAUUGAUCAUCGACCUAUACGUCCAGCAAGUGUUGAAUGUGAUCGAAUACAACCGACACGUUCAUUGACCCGUGCACAAAGUAAUCAAUUUCUUCAGCAAAAUCAACAACAGAGACCCAUACCUCAACGGCCACAACUAUUUCAACCUCAUCUCUAUCAGAAUCUUCCUCAGCCGCAGCCGCAGCAGCAGCAACAACAACAACAACGACAGCUGCAGUUUCCUCGCCAGCAACACACUCCACAAGCAAGUGAACAAAUCAAGUUCUACAGUUUACGUAGUCGAAAUGUUCGAUCGCGACCUAGUAUUGUCACUCAGACACCAACACCAAUAUCGCAACUACCACCCGUACGUCCUGUCAUCCCGCAUCGAUCAGUAUCGGUUGAGAAGAAAAUACCGCCUCAACCUAGACCACAACCAAAAUCAACCAAUGCUCACGCACCAAAAGUAUCUGCUGAUCCAUCUGUGUACUCGGAUGAUUAUGGACAUGUUACGCAAAUGGACACGAGAAAUUUAGGGACAUUAGUUGACAAAGUUUUCGAUGAUAUCUAUCAAGACAAACCGUCAGAUUUCUAUCGAGAUUAUAGGCAACUUUUAAACGACAUUCAAGUUCGAUUUAGUAUGGUCUCUUCGGCUGAGCAACCGAAUACUGCACAUCAACAUAAUCAUCAUCGUCCUCCUCCUCCACCACCGACGGGCCCGGCACCUCAGUCGCAACCGCCGCCACCGCCAACAAUCUACCGAUCGGCACCAGCAUCAGUGCCGCCGCCACCACCAUCAACAUCGUCAACAAAGCCAACUUUUCCUGAGUAUAAACGUGUGCCUAAGACGUCAUCUUCUCAAGCGCAUCUCUGUGACACACUUAUCUACAUUCCGAACCCUCGCUGA